AGAUAGCACUAGUGUUAGUCGCAAAAGCAUAUACACGCAUAUUGGAAUCUCUAUUGUCUUGGCAACUAGUAGGUUUCUUUCUUUUCUUCACUACAACGUAUCUAAUCAAACUCUUGACUCGAUGAUAAAAUUCGGGGGAAUAACUACGCAAUGUCAUUAUAACGAAAGUACAAAUAAUCUUGACAAAACACUACAUUCUCACUUUAUCCUACUAUUGAAGGAAAAUGAUAGUAGUCCCUUUUUGACAAUGAAUUAAAUAAUUACAUGUUAGAAACAUUUUAACAUUGAUUGUACAAAGGUUGAUUAAUUGCAAUUUCAUGAUAUUCUCCUUUUGACAAACCAAAAUUCAGUUUUCAGCUAUAGAUGCGAGAGGUAGUUCGUAUCGCAUUUUAUUUUAUGAAUAAUUUGGUACGUUUUCUUGUUUAAUGUCUAUGCCAGAACAGAAUUCUAUACGAGACUCUUGUAAUGGGACAUUGUCCAAAGCCAUUGCCUAGCAUGUUCUUCUCCCAUAUUAUAGAUGUCCAAUCUAUUAUCUGACCAGAAAUGUCCCUGCUUCUUUCAUGUUCAUGGCUCUAAAAUAACCCAUGGCUAUUAAAUUACUAUUAUUUUCCGUACAAAAAUAAGCUCAUUGGGGAGCAGAUUUUGCUCUCUUUUCUUUUCAGGUUAUGCUCUGUCUAGCAGCUUUUCUCUUUUCUUUCUUCUUCUUCUUUAUUUGGUAGGGAAUAAUCAUGGAGUUAUGGUUGGAUAUUGCUAUCUUACAUUAUUACCAUAAAGUGGGUAUGUUGGAUAUAGAUUUGAUUGCGCAUUAUUGCCAUCAUGCAGUCAUUUAACGGAAGAAGUUAACGUCUAAUUAAGUUUAUCCACCAAACCCGUGUGUAUUUCAACUCUAUAAUCAUGUCAAAGGGUGUAUAAUGCGUGUGAUUAAGAAAUCUAAGACAAUCUCACCCUCCCAACCAAGAGAAAUAUGGAUAUGUGGCUUAGUGAGUUGGGACCUUGGAGGAUUUUCUGAAACCAGAAUAACCAGAGACACUGCUUAAGAAGCACUGCUUUUGGACUCCCCGGACAGGAAGGUCCAUUCCUUGUCACUUGUUUUGAGUCUCCACCCCAGACAAGGUAUAGUAUCCAUUAAGUUAAGCAUCAAAGAACAUGCAACAUCACAACAUAACAAAACAAGAAAAGGGAAAGGACUAUCAUUUAACUUUGUCUUUACUUUUUCCACUUGGGUAUAAAGGUAGCUCGGAAGAUCUGCGCUCUAGACCUUGCAUUCAGAAGUUGUGUCUUGGUUUUGGAUGGCUUCAUAGAAGCUAAAGCUUUUAGGAGCAGAAGGCUAGCAAGGAUGCUCCUACUUCCCAAUCAUUUCCAGGAUCCAGAUAGGAUUUUUUAAGACCACCUCCAUACAAGGGAUUAAGGAAUCAGCAGAUAGAAUUUUCAGAGGAUUCAGUAGAUAGAGCUAUCUGGACAUAUCGAGAGAUGAACAUGAUCAUUGGAAACAAUUAAAAUCGCCUCUUUGUCUGGAAAAGAACAUAAACUGCCAAGAAAGAAACAUCAAGAAAAGAGAGCGUUUCCUGGACAACCAUGAAUGGAUUUGAUUCUGAAAGACCAAAGCCAUGGAACAUGUAUACCAAUUCAGAUCCAAGCUCAUCCCAAGCAACACUGGAUAGGGAAGCUCCAUGGAAGAGCUUUGGAGCAUCAAUGAAUGCCAUAUCUUUCGGAUUUGUUGCCACAGCAAUUUUGAUAUCCUUGUUCCUUGUUAUGGCUAUCUUUGAACAUCUGUUCGGACCCAGUCCCUCUUUCACUUCACCUGAACCCAUGAACAAUAGUUCUCUGGAAGCAGGAGAGACAGAGAAGCUCCGCAAUCCGCAGCUAGUGUCUACGUCCUAUGCUUCAGACAUCCCGGUACUAAUGCCGGCACAGCAUUGUCCUACCUACAUUGCUCAACCUGCUCCUCUUCCCUGUCCAAGAGAAGGAUUCUACCGGCCUUACCAUGAAGACAAAUUUUCUUUUGAGAGUAUAAAGUUCCCGCGAUGAGAGCCAUCACUGAAUCUACUUGUAUAUUGAUGAGGGCAUGAGAUCCUCAUUUGUGAACCAAAUGUUUCACUUUAAACAACACCCCUCACAAAAGAGUAGUUUAGGCUAAUGGAUACGAACAGGAGAUGCGAGGGAAGUUUGGGUUCGUUUUCCAGUCUACAAUGUACGAUAUGAUGCACGAAUGAAAUUGAGCAGUCAAGAGCUUGACAAGA